AUAGAUAAACAAUGUGGGGACAAACAUUCGGAAACCAAUGACAGACUUCACAAGUACAGAGUAUUCCACUCUUAUUGAUACCAAUCUGGGAUCCGUCUUUCAUAUAUGCCAACUUGCAUAUCCACUUUUGAAAGCAUCGGGAAUGGGAAGUGUUGUGUUUAUCUCGUCUGUUUCUGGUUUUGUCUCACUGAAGUUGAUGUCUGUUCAAGGAGCUACGAAAGGCGCAAUAAAUCAACUUACAAGAAAUCUAGCUUGUGAGUGGGCAAAAGACAAUAUAAGGAGUAAUGCGGUGGCACCUUGGUACAUCAGAACUUCAAUGGUAGAGCAGGUAAUUUUCUUCCGUUUUAUCCUGUAACCAUUUGUUAGAAUG